ACACCCAAGAGCUUGCACUUGAUCUAAAGAAAAGAUGGAAGAAAUCCUCUCCAGUUUUCUGAUAAUAUCAGCAUCUCUGCUUCUCUCAUGUGCUGUGAAAGUAGCUUACUCCAUCUGGUGGAGACCCAUGAAACUCCAGAAACAUCUCAAUCAGCAAGGAAUCAAAGGCAACCCUUACAAGCUUUUCUUUGGCGACAUGAAAGAGAUGGGAAGGUUGAUACAGGAGGCAUGGUCUAAACCCAUGAAUCUAACUCACCAGAUAGCGCCACGUGUCUUCCCUUACUGCUAUGACUUGGUGCAAAAAGAGGGCAAACUAUCUAUUAUUUGGAACGGUACAACCCCUCGAGUGAUCGUUAAUGAUUCGGAGCUCAUGAAGCAAGUCCUAUCAAACAAGUUCGGUCAUUUCCAGAAGCCGCAGGCCAACCCCAUUAUAUAUCAGUUGACUAGGGGACUUUCAGCCUUGGAAGGAGAGGAAUGGGCCAAGCACAGGAGGAUAAUCACUCCUGCCUUUCACCUUGAGAAAUUGAAGGCGAUGAUACCAGCAUUUUCUACCAGUUGUUGCGGGUUGAUUAAGCAAUGGGGGGAGUUGGUUGGUCCCCAAGGAUCUUGUGAAUUGGAUGUCUGGCCUGAACUCCAAAAUCUAACCGGGGAUGUCAUCUCUCGCACGGCCUUUGGCAGCAACUAUGAAGAAGGAAAGAGAAUCUUUGAACUUCAGAAAGAGCAGAUUAUACUGGUGCUUGAAACUGCUUUUGCUCCAUACAUCCCAGGUUUCAGAUUUGUUCCCACGUAUUUGGACAAGGAGAUCAAAGCUAUGUUAAGAAAUCUAAUCCACAAGAAAGAGCAGGCUAUGAAAAUGGGAGAAUCAAGCACCGAUGACUUGCUAGGCUUGUUGCUAUUGCAAUCUAAUAACUGUAAUGGUGUCCAAGAACCAGGGACAAACUCAAAGAACAAUGGCCUGACGAUUGAUGACGUGAUAGAGGAAUGCAAAUUGUUCUACUUCGCUGGCCAGGAGACAACCUCAGUCUGGCUGACAUGGACAAUGAUUGUAUUAGCUAUGCAUCCAAGCUGGCAAGAACGGGCAAGGGAAGAGGUUCUGCAAAUAUGUGGGAAAAAUACACCUGAUUUCGAUACUACAAACCACUUCAAGAUUGUGACCAUGAUCUUGUACGAAGUUCUAAGGUUAUACCCACCUGUGACUGCCCUAUUUCAACAAACUUGUAAGAAGAUGGAUUUAGGAGGGAUCUCCCUCCCACAAGGCAUUGACCUCUUGCUACCAACACUCCUCGUCCAUCAUGACCCUGAACUUUGGGGUGACGACCAUGAAGAAUUCAGACCAGAGAGAUUCUCGGACGGAGUUUCAAAGGCCUCAAAGGAACAAACCGCCUUCUUCCCAUUUGGAUGGGGCCCAAAGAUCUGUAUUGGUCAGCACUUUGCGAUGAUAGAAGCAAAGAUGGCACUUGCUAUGAUUCUGCAGAACUUCUCUUUCGGGCUCUCGCCCUCCUAUACCCAUGCUCCUUACACUGUCAUAACUCUCCAACCACAAUAUGGAGCCCAAGUCCUCCUACACCGAAUUUGAAACCAUGAUCAUCAUCCUUAUCGUGCUAUCAGUGUUGCUGUUCUUGUUCUCAGUGUUGUUUUCCUUUUCAUCGUUCAGUUAUGGUUGUAAUUGGGAGUAUUUGUUGUGGACUUCAGAGCAUGCCUUUGCAUCAUGAUCCACAAAAAAUACAUAUUCUAGCUAGUCUUGUUGCAUGCCAGACAGUAAGCAUGCACACUAUACUAUAAAGAAUAACAUCAGUUUGUAUCA